AUGGGUGAUGUUGAAAAUUUUCCACCUCUUCAAGAGCAACAUGAAACCUUCUUCUUCAAGUUUUCUGGAGAAAUUUCAACAACCAUUCUGUCACUUGCAAGAACAGAAGCUACUUCAAGCUUUCAAGAUAAUGGAUCUUUAAGAUCUGUGCCCUUUCACUUCAUAAAUCAUUUUCUCUUUCAAGAAGAACAGGUAAUCAAAAUCAAAAGUAGUUUCUUACCUCUUAAGGUUUUAACUGAUGUUGAACAGCAACAGGUCCUCCCUGUAUACCCAGGAAGAAAUGAAAGGAAGAAGAAAAAGAGAAGUCACUUAUUGUUUAACGAGGCAGAAAGCGUCGGACAAAGGCUGAUCGUUCAGCGUCUCGAGCUGAUGAAGCGAAGAAGAAGAAGAGACUCGAGGGCGAUUAACUAAUUAAGAAAAUGUAGUCGGCUUCACGCGUGCCGUUUGCUACAGAGCCGACGAAUUAAGCGCAG